UGGUUAUAUGUUCUGCGAUUCGUUCAUCGUUCUAUUCAUAUUAUCUGUAUUAAAUAUCUUCACUUGGAAUAAACGGAACCAAUGAAAUAAUUCACUCGAAUUACCUCGAUUUAAAUUUCAAAGAACUCAGCAGAACGCAUUACGUAUGUUCUCCAGUAUCAUAUGAGGUUAGAAUCAUGUGUGGACAUUUUUUACCAAUCAGUGUACUUUAACACGUUUCGGAUCAAAGACAAAAAUAAAUUUAUUUUGGACGGAGAAGAUAAGUCAGUGAUGUCGGUGAUUGUGAAAUAAUUAUAUUUACACGGAUUUUUUUAAGGAGUGAUAGUUUUGGAAUUAUGGGUGGUAAAUUUUUAUUGUGUUUGGGUUUUAUAAGUUUAUGUUUAGUGACUAUUAGUUUUGCACAAGAUAGGUGCAGGACGCCGGAUGACAAUGCCGGCAGAUGUGUAUCAUUAUACGACUGCCAACCGUUAUUUGCCAUCUUCAGUAGACGUCCAAUUCCUAGUUCCUCAAUCGAUUUUUUAAGAAGGUCACAUUGUGGGUUUGAUGGACGAUUACCCAGGGUAUGUUGUCAACAGAAUGGUAGUGGUGGUGAAGAUACAGAUGAAUCCCGAGGCAGGCAAGUCGGAACUACAUCAAGACCUACUUCUAGAACAACGCAAAGGCCCACCACCAGGAAGGUUUCAAGGAGGCCGACGCCAAAUAGUGAUGGAAGUGCUGAUGUUUUGCCAAGAUCUCCAGAUUGUGGAAGUGCAGGUGCUGGUAACAGAAUAUAUGGUGGUGUUGUCACGGAAAUUGACGAAUUUCCUUGGAUGGCCUUGUUGCAAUAUAGAAGAGCCAAUGGAUCAUUGGAUUUUGCUUGCGGCGGAGCACUAAUAAACAAAUAUUAUGUUCUAACAGCGGCGCAUUGCCUUGCUGGGGAAAUAAAUGAGAAAAUAGGUCGACUAGCUUUUGUGCGAUUGGGCGAAUAUGACACAGAUACGGAAACAGAUUGUACAGGUACGAACGAUUGUGCAGAUCCUGUCCAGGAUAUUCCUGUUGAGGAAACUAUUGUCCAUCCUGAGUAUGAUCCUCGAGCUAAAGACAGAUAUCACGAUAUUGGACUUGUCAGAUUAGCAAGACCAGCCAGUUAUAGCGAUUAUGUGUCGCCAAUAUGUUUACCUACAUCAUCGCAACUUCGUACUUCAGCUGGAGAUAGUGUUUCUGUAGCCGGAUGGGGUAGAACCUUAAGUUCUCGUCAAAGUUCUGUAAAACUCAAACUAGAGAUACCAGUUGUCGCCGAAGAAAACUGCCGAUCAGUAUACAGACGUUCUCGUGUCAAUUUAGGCGACGGCCAAAUUUGUGCAGGUGGCCAAUUUGCUUUGGACGCAUGUGAUGGCGAUUCCGGAGGUCCAUUAAUGCAACUUGUCGGUUCAUCCUGGACAAGUAUUGGGGUUGUAUCUUUCGGAAGGGGCUGUGGAGUUGAGGGUUGGCCUGGUGUUUACACUAAAGUUACUCAAUACGUUGAUUGGAUUGAAGAUAGUCUGAGACCUUAA